UGACACGAAUAGCAACGCACAUAUAUCAACGACAAUGUAUGCCACGGAAUAGUUGAAAACAAAUUUCCUAGCUGCUUUGUCGGCUAGUCAACCGCUGGCGACUUCUUUCGACAUGUCUUGGAAAUAUUAAUAUUAUAAUAGAAGUUCUUGUAACUCGUGUCAAGAUGUCUCCACUUAUGUUAUUACUUGCCAUAAAUUGUUGACAGGGUGGAUGCCGAUGUGUAGAUGGUGGAAAUGCACGUGUGCUGUUUAAUGUGAAGAUAUGGAUAUUCAUACAGAGUUGGUGCAACAUGAAUUACAGCGACAAAAAGUGAAGUCUCCAGCAAUACAAAGCAACUCGACUAAAUCGUUUACUUCAGUACUAUCCCAGAGGCCGACAAUGGCGAAUUCUGUUUGCGAGAGUAAAGUGCAAACAGGUUAUGUUGAGAAUAAUGCAGUGUGUUCAAAUUCAUAUCCAGCAAUAAACUGUAAUUUUAAACCUUCAGGGAACUAUCGUCAUAUUAAAUUGACUACAGAUAUUCCUGGAAAGAAGAAGAAAAAGCAGGUUUCUGCCGAUGUUACGGAAAGCAUAAACAAUCUGAAAGGAGAACGUGGAAGUAGACAGCAUAAAGGUGGGAACGAAAUUCCUAUAUUAAUGAAUUUCAAAGUGGAAGAUAACGUCACAGAUUUUAAAUUCAAACGUAUAAAUAUACACGAAAAAGCUCUUGGGAUUCAGGAAAUAAAUACCUUCAAAGAGGAGGAUGUUGCAAAUUUGAAACUAAAAAGCAGAAGCAAGCAGUACAAAGGAACAGUUGACAUUAAAGAGGGCAAUACUUUCAAAAUAGAAAGUAACAUAAAAUUGGAAUACAAGCCAAAGAAAGAGACUAUGGAAAUUCAGAAAGUAAAUGUUUCUGAACUGCUUUUUCCUGCAAAUAUGAGUCCUGAAGCAGGUCCAGGGCCUUCACAUAAAUCUGAAGUGGGAAGUACCAUAAAUUUGAAACUGAAACAUAGAAAGAAGCAACAUCAAGAGUCUAUCAUGAUUCAGAAAUCACGUAAUUCCAAAGAGGAAGAUACCACAAAUUUGAAAUACAAAAGCAGAAAUGAUCAGCACAAAGGAUUUCGCAAAAUUAAGAAGUUAAAUAGCCCUAAGUCGAAAGGUAUUGUAAAGUUGGAACAUAAACACAUAAAUAAACCUCCAAGAAAAGCUAUUAAGAUUGAGAACUUAUGCAAUUCAAAAAAGGAAGAUGUUACAAAUUUGGAACUGAAGUGCAGAAAUAAUCAGCACAAAGGGGUUAUCAAAAUUAAGAAAUUAAAUAGAUCCAAAGUGAGGGGUACCAUGAAGUUUGGAAACAGACAGAGAAAGAAGCCCAAGGAAGAUGCUAUCAGGAUUCAGAAAUUAAAUUACUCUGAAGUGACUAUUUCUGCAGGUACAAUUCCAGUUGGAAUUCCAAAGCCUUCACAUACCCUGUUGUUUGAUAAGGUGCAAUGCAGUGUGUCUGCAAUGUUGCAGUUGAGGGAUGCUAAUGCAUCGUCAAAGACCAUGUCUCUGUUUAUGGAUGCAGGUCAGCCUGUGUUCUUGGUAAUACAGUGCAUUAGGAUUCCUAAGAUGUACAACAAAAAUUUCAGAUUCCGUUUGCCUCACCCACUGAUUGACAAAUCGUCUGAUGUAUGUCUUUUUGUUCCUGAUCUCAAGAAAGGAAAGAGAGAGGAUCAUGAACCAACAAUUAAACAUUAUAAGGACCUUUUAGAAAAAAAUAAUGUAACUGGAAUUUCUCAGGUGAUGCCACUGAGACAGGUGCGAGUGGAAUAUGAACAGUAUGAGCUUCGCCGUCGUUUAGUGAGCCAGUUUGAUUUGUUCCUGUCAGAUGGUCGUAUUGCUGGGCAUAUAAUUAGACUUCUUGGCAAGGAGAUCUAUAAGAGACGGAAGUUACCAGUUCCGGUGGAUAUGAGAGUAAAGAAUCUAAAGGAUGAAUUCGAAAGAGCUCUCUCCAAGACACUAAUGAUGAUGAAUACAAAUGGAAAUAAAGCAGCUCUCAGGGUUGGGCACACAAAGCAGUCGGUAAUGCAGAUAGCAGAGAACAUCAUGGCUGUUGCAGAUUGUCUGGCAGAACACUAUCCUGGAGGAUGGGACAACAUCCGCUCCCUGAAUAUUCAGUUGCAAGACUCCCCAUUCAUACCUGUAUAUAUUACACUCAAGAGUAGCAAUGAGGUGAAUGUGCCAGUUGUGAAUCCUGUCAUACCAAAGAAAGCAAGACCAGUUGAGGGAGAGCUCACUACAUUCCCAGGAACACAUGUCACAGUCAUGCCUAAUGGUGAGGUGAUCGUGAAGAAGCUGGAGCGGACAAAGGAGGAGAAGGAGAUGGGUCUGAGUGAUUCAGACUGGGAGGAAUACGACUCUAAUGAGGAGAUGGAUGUAGAUAGUGCAGAUGAAAUUCUUACAGUUCCCACAGAAGAGAAGACAGAAGUUGGACCACAGCCUGGCUCAGAAGAGGAACAGGAAUCAGAUGAUGGAAAUGAAAUUGUGGCUGAGGCUGCUGAGGAUGCAUAUCUCAGUGAGUGGUCAAAGCAGUGGAAUGCAAAUACUGAAGAAGAAAGUAAUGAUAAAAAGAAGAGGAAACAAAUUGAAGCUACUAGCAAGCCAAAUGGUGAGCCUGAGAAGAAGAAACUGAAAUUUGUUAAGAGGAAAAACAAGAAACAGAAAGAAAUAGAAGAUGGAGAAGAAAAGAACAACAAACUAGUGAUGCAAUAGAAAUUAUGGAAAAACUAUGAUCAUAUUCAAAGGUACAAUCUUAUUCUUUCCAGCUGAUGCUGCAACCACAACUUCAAUUUCCUGGAAGUCCUGAAAUCGUUGUACAUCUUUGUCCUUACGCACAAGUGUGUCUGGAAGCUUACGGACACGUACGAUCUGAUUAGCACUAAUACCCAACUCUUCACAGCAUACUCUUAGCAGUCGGGAAUAUGAGAGUUCAGUUCUUGGAAGUUCUACUUCAAUGAAGUCCGGGUCACCAGAAUUGGCAGCACGUAUCUUCAAUACUAGCUCUAAAAAAGAUAGUCAUAAAGGACUGUAGAACAUUGUUGAGCAUAGAAAUAUUAUAUAACCAUCAUAAAAAACAUUUAAUUAAGGAUAUUGGUCUUAUUAAAAUGCUUAAGCUCAAAUGGCAUUUAAAUAUGCAUUAUCUGUGCAAGUAUAUUUCAGCAGCUUGUCUGAACAAUCUGAUUCCAUGUAGAGAUCAGUAUACUUGGUGAUCUUAAUUAUAUCUCAGAUCACAAAGCUACUGAAAUCGAUACAGAACAUGCAUUGUAUGAAUAUAAUUAUGUACAUGGACAGUUACCUUUCUUAGGUAUACAAUUUCUCUGUACACUAUUAAGAUUUAUUGUAAGGUAUCUUGUUCUCAAAAUAUAAAGUGUCAGGCUUAUUAUAGA